AUGAAGACAAGAGAACCUUUUCUUUUCAGUCUGCUAAAAGUUCUUUUUUUAUGCACAGAUUGCGCAAACAUUCUUGGAACCUGCGAAAAAAAUGUUGCACUUUGUACCGAUUCGGCUUAUUUAAAUCUUAUGAAACAAUAUUGCAAGCAAACCUGUGGUUACUGUGGCAACGGUACCAUUUUUAAGCCUUCCUCACAGCCUCAUCUUUUUUCUUCUUUUGACCAUAAUAUUUCUCUUUUUUAUGCAGGUUGCGUAGACAAGUCUCAAGACUGUAAUAAUAAUGCUGCACUCUGUACCAACUCCGCCUAUCUAAAACUUAUGGAGCAACAGUGCAAAAAAACUUGUGGAUACUGUAGCAGCAGCGUCAAUUGUAACCUAAUAAGUAAAAGUUUCCAAAUGCUGCAAAAGUCCCUCUGUACAGAGGCAUCUUACCAAAAUCUGAUGAAGAAAGCUUGCCAAUUUACUUGCAACUUGUGCUGA